AUGUCAGACGUUAACAUUCAGGCGCUUCUGCAGAAGCCACGUAACGAGUGCACGGAGUAUGAGAUUGCUCAGCUGGAACAAUGGGAGAUGAGCAACGGGCCUCUGUCGCUACUGCAGACGGCUGUGCGGAGUCACUCACAGGUGUUGAUUAGCAUUCGGUCGAAUCGCAAGCUGCUUGCGAGAGUCAAGGCUUUUGAUCGCCACUGCAACAUGAUCCUGGAGAACGUUAAAGAGAUGUGGACUGAGACACCCGUGCACAACGGGAAGAAGGGCCGUCCCGUGAACAAGGACAGGUUCAUUAGCAAGAUGUUCCUGCGAGGCGACAGCGUUAUCAUUGUGCUGCUGAGCUAG